AAACCACUGGAAUUAUAGAAACAUUUAGAAAUUGCAGUGAGGUGCAUCCUGUGGGUUUGUGUACCAGAAGAUGUGUCUGUUCCUUACUUUAGGCUUGCUGUAAAAUUAAAUGUGAAAAUUACUCUUAAAAGCACCUCUUUAAUGGCUGGAACCUGGAAUUAACUUGACACUCAGGUAAUGUUUCUGUUGACAUAGUGAAGGUGAAAUGUGGGGGGAUUAAUAUAGGCUAACCUUGCUUUGAAGUUGAUUUUGACUUUUUGGGAUGGAAACAGCUUUCUGUUCUUUGCCUGUCAGGUACAUUGUUCAGUAAAAAUGCUUGACAUUGCAAUUGUCUGGCAAAAUUAAACUUUGUAUUUAUUCUACUUUAGAUUCAGGGGUGCUGAUCAAGGACUGAAUACAGAUCUUUGUGUUGGAUAGGCACAUGUGACCAUGGAAAUAUCUGGCUUGUAGUUAUUUGUGUGUUUUUCUGAGAACUCAGAGCUGAAAACUUAAAUAGUAAUUUUUGCGAGCAGCCUUUAACUUAAUGAAUAAACUGAUCUCAUGCUUUCUGUUGUCCUUUGGUCCCACCCCUGCUGCCACGCAGGGUUCUGUGUUGGUUGCUUCUUUGCAAAGUACCAUGGUUUCUUGUUUUGACUAAUGUUGGUUUUCUCCAUACCUUCACUGAUAGGUUUACCUGCUACUGCCAGGCUUUAGAGCCAACACAGCCACCAGCUUCAACUGGUUUGGACUUCUAUGUCAGCAGAAUGGUUUACCAUGUUCCAUUAUUGGGGAUUCCUUGUUGCUGGUGAUGGGUGAGACUGAAAAAAUACAGCUUUGCUUGCACAUCAUAGGCUCCUCUUUAGCCCAUUGUGCUGAAGACCAGAGGUUCUGCCUGAUCAGGAGUCUCUGUUAGCAAUUCAAGUUAGCUGAAGAAUGGAAGGGGUUGAGUUUAAGGAAGAGUGGCAAGAUGAAGAUUUUCCAAGGCCCCUGCCAGAGGAUGAUCCUGUUGAGUCUGAUGCAUUGGCUGCAGCUGGAACAGAAAGUGAACCUGAUACAGAGGGUAAUGCAACCAAAUUGAGGAAGAAACUAAUGGCUCCACAUAUUAGCUUAAAUUUGGAUCCCAGUGGGCAAUCUGUUUUGUCUGAUGACUUGGAUGAGAGUGGAGAGAUUGAUUUGGAUGAUUUAGAUACUCCUUCAGAAAAUAGCAAUGAAUUUGAAUGGGAAGAUGAUCUUCCAAAACCAAAAACUACUGAUGUUGUUAGGAAAGGAUCACUGGCUGAGUACCCUGUGGCAGAGGAGAAGGAUGAUGGCCGACGCUGGCGAAUGUUCAGGAUUGGAGAGCAGGACCAUAGGGUGGACAUGAAGGCAAUUGAACCAUACAAAAAAGUCAUCAGUCAUGGUGGUUAUUAUGGUGAUGGGCUAAAUGCCAUUGUUGUGUUUGCUGUUUGCUUCAUGCCUGAGAGCAGCCAGCCUAACUACAGAUACCUAAUGGACAAUCUAUUUAAGUAUGUAAUUGGCACUUUAGAGCUGUUAGUAGCAGAGAACUAUAUGAUAGUUUACCUGAAUGGUGCAACAACACGGAGAAAAAUGCCAAGUUUAGGCUGGCUUAGGAAAUGUUACCAGCAGAUUGAUAGAAGGUUAAGGAAAAAUCUGAAAUCAUUGAUCAUAGUUCAUCCUUCCUGGUUCAUCAGAACGCUCCUGGCCAUCACAAAACCUUUUAUUAGCUCAAAAUUCAGCCAAAAAAUUAGGUAUGUCUUUACCCUGGCAGAACUAGCUGAACUCAUCCCCAUGGAAUACGUUGGCAUCCCAGAAUGCAUAAAACAGUAUGAAGAAGAAAAGUUUAGAAAGAAACAGAACAGAGUUGACCAAGAGCUGAAUGGGAAACAAGAGCAGAGAAGUGAACAGUAAGUUUGGAGUCCAAACAAGACUGAAGAACACGCAGAUGGAACGAUGCUGUUUGUGCUCCCUUACAGAGCAUUCUUUGUGUCUAUAACCUGUUAUAUAACCUGUUGCAAAAGGUGCUUUGGACUAGCACACAAUGAACUGCUUACUGCUGUAUUGGUUGGUCUUGACUUUAAUUGCUGUUUAUGUAAUCGUUUUAUACUGCUAAAUGGCAAAGAACCCUAUGUUUUCAGAGGAUGUUCUUGCAACUGUUUAUCUAAAUGAUGCAUGUUCUUCAGUUAAAUAUUUAUAUACCUAAAUGUUAAAGGAAAGAGAUAAUAUAUAUAUUUUUAUGACUGAGCAAUAUAUUGUGUGUACCUGCUGAAAGAAUUCAUUUGCAGGUAGACAAGGCCAUAAGUUACUUGUUGUUAUGUAUAAAUCUGUUUUGCUGUAAAUGGUCAAGUGCAUUUCUUUGUUGUCAUGAAAACUUGUUUGGAUAUUAACGAUCAUUAACUUGACUUUCACAAAUACAGAGAUCCUUAUUUUUGUUCAGCUGGCUUAUACAAGCACACUCCUUUCCCUCACUGGAGUGAGCUUCAACUUUGGUGUGUUUCAGUUCAUGGUUCAGGACGCAGAGCUGCAGUUCUGUGGGUGGCAGUUUGUUGGCCAUGAGGAUUAAGCCUAAGCUUAAAAGCUGAACUGUCUGACUGGCCCUUUUUCAGAUGAAGUUGUGAAUUUAGAUUCUGCUUCAGUAUGUCCAGACUGUCUCAGCUAGCAGUAGGAAAUCAGUUCCUUGCAGUUCUUCGUGGAUGAAUCUUGACUGUUACCAGCAGGAGCUCUGGUCAUGCUCCAUAUAGAACUUGGGAGCUGCACAGGUACUGUAGCCACAGCACCAUUUUUUGGGCAGAAAUGUGAGAAGUCUUAUGCUACCUGUGUCAUCCAUUUCUAAAGCUGUUGGGCACAUGAUACCAGCACUAGUUUAACUUUUAAGUGUUUUGAACCGUUGGGGUUUCACUCCCCACAAUGGCAGUAAAUCUUGGUCUGUGAAGAAGUGUUCUUGGACACAUAACUAGUGUGUAUAGGUUUACUGGGACAACAGUAAUGCACUGGUUGAUACAUGUAAAAGUUUGUAACAUCUUUUGAUAAACAUUGCAUUUUCCAUGUAAGGGCAGGUGUAUGCAAAUAAAUUCAUUCAGGAGUUGAGCAAUAUAGUGUUGUAGCAAGUAUAUUAAAUCUUUGCUUUUGGUGUUUAUUGUGCUCACAAUUUUGUCUUAAUGCCAAAAAAUAUCACUUUUUAACUAUAUUUAAUGUUACUCAGUUACCUUAUGAAAAAAGAAAAAGUUAUAUUCAACCAGAUUACUACCUGACACUGAUAAAUAGCAGUUGUGAGAUAUUCCAUGGUCAAGGCUUACCAAGUAGCAAUUAAUCCACUGUCUCCAGUGAUACUUGUAUAGACUCUGAGAGCAUUUGGAUGUCAGCUGAGGGAAAACAGCUCAUGUAUCUGCAAGUUUAUUGAAGUCUGCAGUUCAGCUACCUUAAUCUCAAGAUCUAAGUCCUUGUGUUGCUGUAGUUUCUGUAUCAGUUUCAAGGAGAUUGAUAGGCAAGAUGUAUUCACACAACAGGCAAUAUCAAUGCCAAGUUGCCUUGCAUCCAUUCCAUCAGGUUUGGAUCUUGCUCUGCAAGCAGAACACAAAUACACUUUCUUUGGGGCUGUCUUAUGCUUCAAUUUUGACGUUGACUCAGAUUAAUGUAAAGUUCAAGUCAGUACGUGGAGCACUUGCAGCCUGUUUACUUCUGAUACUCUCAUGGUGUGGUCUGUACGACCAUGCAAAUCUGAUUUUACUGGGUUUGCAUGUGUCCUGAGCUAAACAGGAAGCAUUCUGAUUAUCUCAUUUCCAUUUUUUCCUGGUUGAUUCUUCAUGGAGGGAUUGUAGUUCUCUGUCUUGUGGCUUCCUGUGUGUAUAGUGCAGUACAGAGUAGCCAUUCCUCUGUAUGAGCCACAUUUACCAAAUGAUGGGAUUGUUAUUGUGUUUCCUUGUGGCCGAGGAUUCUGCAGUUUCAUGCUGCAGUAGUAUGAUUUCUUUUGGAAAUGUGUAUGUGCUUAUAAAUGGUUUAUUUCUCUAGUAUAAGUUGUUGUGAAUGAGUAUACAGCACAACAGUUGUUCUGUCUCUAGAGAUGUGCACCUUGAGAAAGAAGUGUACUAAAGAAUUAUUCCUGUCUGACUUCUUGCAGCUCAUCAUUCAGUGGUGAGGUGGAUGUUUACAAAAAGCAAAGUGGUCCCAAAGCUAUGGAUAAUGUUU